ACCACCUGCGGGUGGCACAGAGGAAACCUCAGCAGCAGCAGCAGCCACGCACAGAGAGGUGCAGCAGCACAGCGCGAGGGCCAACACGCACAGCAUGUGGCGCGGCACCAUCGCAAAUGUCACUUGGGCCCGCACUCCUUACAGAUCGUGGUGGGGGGAGACAGAGCAGUUCGCGCACAGCCACACAGCGGAGAGAAGAGAGGCCGCCCACCGCCAGCCCACACAGUACACCCAACCACACGCACGAGAGCACACUCACAAAUGAGUGCGCCACGCCCCAGCGCCAACCAAUGCCCACACCACAACGAAGGAGGAGCGCACACGCGGAGGUACAGCCGCACCUUUCGCUGCACCUUCUGCACACUCACCCGCAGCACAAGGGAGGUGGUCCCGCAGAGGCGCACCAACACACACACACACACACACACAGAGCGGAAACAGCAGCACCCAAUACGCACUACAAACGGCAACAACGUAAGAAGCAUGACGUGCGCACCUCAACAGAAUAG